GGAGAGCAGUGGUUCCUUUUGGAGAAGGAAGUGCUCACUCGCUCUCAGUGGCUAAAACAAAGGUGGUGCCUUAGAGCAUCUCACUGCUUUUUUGUGGCUACAGCUUCAGAGUCCUGAAUUCUCAUUUCUGGCUGCCAGCAAAUACGUCUGAAUCUUCCUGGUAGUUCCUUAGCAACCUGCAGUGCUGCACUUGGGAACUGCACGUAGGGAGGGGUCUGCAAGGUGUCCCUAAAAGCCCUAAGCCCUGCUUAUAGCCCAGGAUCUGUAUCCAUAGAGUAGCAAGGCUUGGAUUACUUCUGUGCACUCAGCAGAGAGUGUGGGCAGAGCUUUGUGGGUGAUAGUUGAGACACCAUUGUUACCAAGUGGACAAGGCAAAACGUCAGUGGCCAUGUGUCCUGUUUCUGGCCUCAAGGGAGCGGAGACAUGGGCUGUUGGAAUGUGGCCAUAAAGAAAAUUAAUCUCCAAGGACUGCGGAGAAAGGAAGUAACUGUCAAUGAACUCAUGGUCAUGAAGAUGAAUAGGAAUCCCAACCUGGUCAACUAUUUAGACAGCUACCUUGUGGAUGAUGAACUCUGGCUGGUGAUGGAGUACAUGGAUGGAGGCACUCUGAGUGAUGCCAUCGAUGAGAUGUACAUAUCUGAAUAUGAGAUGGCAGCCAUCAGUCGGGAGUGCCUGCAAGGACUGGAUUUUCUUCACUCAAACUAUGUCAUCCAUCGAGACGUGAAGAGCUGCAACAUCCUUCUGAGAACUGACGGCUCUGUCAAGCUGGCUGAUUUUGGCAUCUCUGCUCAGCUCACCCCUGAGCAGAAUCGAAGGAGCUCAGUGGUCGGCACGUCUUGGUGGAUGGCGCCUGAGGUUGUGAAAGGUCAACCAUAUGGCCCCAAAGUGGACAUAUGGUCUCUUGGAAUUGUGGGAAUCGAAAUGGUGGAACGACAAGUUCCUCACUGCAAUGAAAGUCCUGCCUCGGCUAAACUCCUGAUAGCCACAGGAGGGACCCCACAGCUGCAGCAGCCCAAGCUAUUCUCGGCUUUGCUGCGUCACUUCCUGAGCUGCUGCCUGCAGAAAAACGAGGAGCGGCGCUGGUCUGCCAAGGAGCUCCUGCAGGUAAAAUGCAAAGGGGCUGCAGGUCAAACAGUGUCCGAGGAUGGGCUCCUCCUCCACUGGAGCCCAAGGCAUCAGAUGAGCCCCCUUCCUCCUCAUCUCCACUUCUGGUGCUUUUCAAAUGAAAAUGGCGAGGAAUCCUGGGCUGGGCUGGCAGGGACCUGUAAAGGCCAUCUGAUCCAUGUGGCCUGCAAUGAGCAGGGAUAUCUUGAAAGAGAUCAGGUUGCUCAGAGCCCCUUCCCACCUGACCUGGAAUGUUUCCAGGGAUGGGACACUUACCAGUUCUCAGGACAACCUGUGCCACUGUUGCAACACACACCUUAGACCUACUCGGAGUAAAUCCCCUUUUCUUUUAAAAAUAUUACCCCUGCCUUUGAAGCA